CCGAAGCUUUCUCUCAGAUACAAACGCAAAGCCAAGAGAGGAGAGAGAGAGAUGGAGCAGUCUAGAGAGAGAAAGAAGAGCCCUAUUUCUCUCUCCUCCUUCUUCCACCAUGAUUUCAAUUUCAUAGCAUAACAAAAAUCAUCGACCCCACAAAUUUGGUAAAUUCUUCGUUCAACAAUGCCAGCAUCUCCUUCCUUCCCAUCUGGAUCUCGCGGAAAAUGGAAGAAGAAGAAGAGGGACACGCAAAUUGGCCGUAGAAACAACUAUGGGAAUAAUAAUAACAACGGAAGCAACAAGCAUGAUGAUGAUGAUGAAGAUGAAGAUCUUGCCACUGUUGAAAAUGAGGAAAUGGAACGCGAUAACGACGAUUCGGAGGACCCUCAGCCGACGCCCAAUUCGAGUCUUCAGGAGACUGAGCUCUUGUCGGAUGAUAAAAUGCGAGUCUCCGAGUUUCCUCAGGUGGUCAAGCGGGCUGUCACUCGGCCUCACUCUUCUGUGUUGGCUGUUGUGGCAAUGGAGAGGGAAAGUCAAAGUAAGGUGCUGUCUGGGAAUCCCUUGAUUUUGGAGAAUGUGUCUUACGGGCAGCUGCAGGCGCUGUCUGCUAUGCCUGCGGAUAGUCCGGCUUUGCUGGAUCAAGAGAGGGUGGAGGCUGGGAAUGCGGCGUAUGUGAUAACUCCACCAUCGAUUAUGGAAGGUUGUGGCGUGGUCAAGAGGUUUGGGAGUAGAGUUCAUGUUGUUCCUAUGCACUCAGAUUGGUUUUCACCUGCCACAGUGCAUCGACUCGAGAGACAAGUUGUUCCACAUUUCUUCUCUGGGAAAUUGCCUGACCGCACUCCUGAGAAGUAUAUGGAAAUCCGAAACUUUGUUGUUGCCAAAUACAUGGAGAAUCCUGAGAAAAGGGUCACAGUUUCAGACUGCCAAGGAUUGGUUAAUGGUGUCAGUAAUGACGAUUUAACUCGAAUUGUUCGAUUUCUUGAUCAUUGGGGUAUUAUUAACUAUUGUGCCCCAACACCUAGUUGUGAACCAUGGAAUAGAAGUUCAUACUUGAGAGAAGAUAUGAACGGUGAGAUUCAUGUGCCAUCAGCUGCUUUGAAGCCUAUUGAUAGCUUAAUCAAAUUUGACAAACCAAAAUGUAGGCUCAAGGCAGCCGAUAUCUAUUCGGCACGUUCAUGCCAUGAUGACAAUGAUGAUUUAUGUGAUUUGGAUAACAGAAUUCGGGAGCGUCUAGCUGAAAGUCAUUGUAGCUCGUGUUCUCGAACAGUUCCCAUUGUAUGCUACCAAUCACAGAAGGAGGUAGAUGUUUUACUUUGCACCGACUGCUUCCAUGAAGGAAAAUAUGUUGCUGGUCACUCGAGCAUCGAUUUUCUGAGGGUGGACAUGACGAAAGAUUAUGGUGAACUAGAUAGCGAAAAUUGGACCGAUCAAGAAACUCUGUUGCUUUUAGAAGCGAUAGAAUUGUAUAAUGAGAAUUGGAAUGAAAUAACAGAACAUGUUGGGUCCAAGUCUAAAGCUCAAUGCAUUAUACAUUUUCUCCGUCUAUCAGUUGAAGAUGGUAUUCUAGAAAAUGUUGAUGUGCCUGGUGUUCCUCUCUCAUCCAAUUCUUCACAUGGAAAAGAUAACGAGAAGUCACAUUCAAAUAUGAAUGGAAAUGUAGCAGGAUCUUCCUCUCAAGACAAUAAAGAGAUGCAUGAUAGACUCCCAUUUGCUAAUUCUGGGAACCCAGUCAUGGCGUUGGUUGCUUUUCUUGCAUCUGCUAUUGGACCAAGAGUUGCUGCAUCAUGUGCUCAUGCAUCCUUAGCUGCAUUAUCUGAGGACAGUGCAGCUUCUUCUGGGAGCAUAUUUCAAGUGGAAGGUUCUGUGAAUCCUAGUAGGACGAAUGUGGAGGUCACACAUGGCAGAGACGGUGGCUCCUAUGGAAAGCUUCCAAAUUCAGUCAAGCUAAAAGAUGAGAAUAAGGCAGAGACAGAGGUAACACUAUUAUCUGCUGAAAGAGUUAAAGUUGCAGCAAAAGUAGGUCUUGCUGCCGCUGCAACAAAGGCUAAAUUGUUCGCAGACCACGAAGAACGAGAAAUCCAACGGCUGUCUGCUAAUAUUAUAAAUCAUCAGUUAAAAAGACUUGAGUUGAAGCUGAAGCAGUUUGCAGAAGUAGAAACCUUCUUGAUGAAGGAAUGCGAACAAGUCGAGAGGACAGGGCAGAGAUUUGUUGCAGAACGAGCUCGAAUGUUAGGUGUCCAAUUUGGAGCUGCUGGAGUCAGCUCACCUGCGAGUUUACCGGGGGUUAUUCCUCCCGUGGUAAACAACAAUAGGGUGAGCUCACCUGCGAGUAGGCCGAAUGUGAUCUCGCCUCCACCAUCCCAGCCGAGUGUUUCGGGGUAUGGCAACAACCAACCACUUCAUCCCCACAUGUCGUAUGUGCCCAGGCAGUCGAUGUUUGGCUUGGGGCAAAGGCUACCUUUGUCAGCAAUUCAGCAGCAGCAGCAGCAGCUGGCCUCGACGACUUCAUCUAAUGCUAUGUUCAAUGGCCCAAGCAAUGCACAGGCUUCUCUCAGUCACCCAAUGAUGAGGCCAGUUACUGGAUCCAGCUCUGGAUUAGGCUGAACUUGGAAGAAGGUACGUGAAUUCCUUUUAAGGUCGACGAUGCGUGCAGGUAAAAGAAAAACGAUAAUAUUCCAUGAGAAAGAGUUGUUCAUUCGUCUUAACUUUUUCUUUCUUUGGGAGAAACAAGGGAGAUUAACCUGAGGCAAUAGUAGUAGGGAUUGUAAUUGCAUUCAAUUAGAUGUAAAAAAAGGGGAACAAAAAGGAAGAGGAGAAAGUUAGUUGUUGUAGUGAAAAAACCCAUUUAUGAAAGUGCUUCCAUUCUUCCCUUUCUUUUACCCCCUGAAAGUGCUAGAUUUCAGGUAGAGAGGGAUGGCUAGAAAACUUAGUAAUGGUAGAAUUGGCUUCUCUUUCAGGAUCUUUUUCCUACCUUCUCCACUUUUUACUUCUCUUCAUCAUCCAUCUUUAAUUUUCACCUCACCCCAUUUCGUCCCUUUAAAAAGUGUGGUCGUUUUAUUGAGUUGAUUUGCCUACAGGUCUUGUCUUUACUCCUAUAUUAGGAGUUACUUCAGAUUUUUCGUAUUACGAGGAUCCUUGAUAUGUUGACAUAUCUUGUUUUUACUCCUAUAUUAGGAGUUACUUCACAUUUUACGUAGCUUCCUUCCUUCAGUCUUGUAUAUUUGAUAUGUUGACACGUUUUGUCUUUACUAUUGUAUUGGGAGUUGCUUCACAUUGUACAUAGCUCCCUUCCUUGAGUCUGAGAAUCUUCGAUAUAUUGACACGCCUUGUCUUUACUCCUAUAUUAGGAGUUACUUCA